AUAUAUAUAAUGAAUGAAACUGUGUAUUAACAUAGUGUGAUUUUUAUAUUCAAACUACCUAUCAGUUUAAAGCAGUAAUUUCCUUUUCGACAGCUACAUUCAAAUGCUUUUAACACUGUCAUAUGCAAAAUGCAAUACGUAAUACAAUGCAGUUUAAGAUUUAAUACGCUAUAUGACACUCUGAGAGAGGCCAUCAGGCAUACAAAAGUUAAGUACAAUCAAAUAUAUGUCAAACGGAAGCAUGUGACUCAGAAUAAUUGGCGGAGUCGACUCAUCCACUCCAGCUGUGCGUAAAAGCCCUUGUGCACAAAAGGAGCGUCCCGUGGCACAAUGGCACAUCACCGCGGAUGAUUUAAAAACAAUCCAGCAUCGAGGUGUAGACUACCUGAACACACGUAUCAAUUAUUAGCUGUAAUCCAUUUUUAUAUAUAUUUCUACGCAGACGCAUUUCAUUGAAAUUCCGCACGGAUUGAUACGAUGGAGCUAGAUAAACUUGUUGUAAUAUAUGUUCUGCUUCUCACAAAUGUGUUCUGUCAAGAAAUGGAUGUUGACAACUGGAAAGAAGACAUCGAAGAGAAAUGGCCAAAUUCUGAAUUUAUUCGAAACAUAUUGUCGAGAAGAAAUCCAGGACCACGCCAAUAUAUCCAGGGGAAGAAACACUCCGCAAAAACAGAGACGGCACGUAAACGACAUCAAUUCCAAACCUUUGUGGGUCUGAUGGGUAAAAGGAGCUUUGAGGAUCAAGGAGCCCAGUAACCUGCACUGAAGAUUGAAGAUCUGCGUUGUUUUCCUACUUUAAUUUAGUCUGACAUUAUUUUCAUUGUAUGGUCAGUUUGUUAUCGUUCCAUUAAAAUAACUCACCAUUAGGCAUUGCCAUCUAGUGUUGAAAUGAAAUUAAGGAAAACAGAAGUGAUGAAUGCAUCAGUAAACAGUUAUUAUUUGAACAAAAAAAGUGUUCACCCCACAAAGUGUCCAUAAAAAAACCCAUCUCACUCUGUAUCGUCAUCACAGGUUUAUUAAGUGACUUUGUACAAUACAAAUGAAAAAUAAAAUUAAAAAUACAGAGAUAAAGUACAUAGCCAAAGCAAGUUUGCAGUUUUGACUCUUCA